UGCAAUAAUGUUGCUUUCCUUAUAUGUUUUUGGCAGGUUUUAUUAUGAUGUGCCCUCAACUUUUCAUAAACUAUAAGCUUAAGUCUGUGGCUCAUUUACCCCGGAGGCAGAUGACUUACAAGUUCCUCAACACCAUCAUUGAUGAUCUCUUUGCAUUCGUCAUAAAAAUGGCAACACUUCAUCGACUUUCUGUCUUCCGUGAUGAUCUUAUAUUUUUAAUCUAUCUGUACCAGAGGUGGGUAUAUCCUGUGUAUAAGAAACGAAUAAACGAAUUUGGUUUUGGUGGCGAGGAUGAUCAGGCUCCUGGCAGUACAUAUAUUACUACUGCCAAUGAAGAUGAGAAGAAAACCAACUGAACUUGGUUUGGCUGUUCUUUUUCCGUUGGUUUAGCUUUAGCUACUCUUUAGUGCAAAGAAACUUAAAAUUUCACGAC